UGUUCGUGUUAAUGACAGGACAUCGUGAAUCUGAAUUCAAUAUUACUUUUCUAAACAAAAAUAAUACAGAUAAUAUGAUUAAGUCAUACAAUAGAACUUCCGCGUUAUUUUUCAGUCCAGGUAGGUAUUAACAGAUACCGUCAUGUCCAACAUCCUCAAGCUGGUAGCUUUCCUAAUUGGAUUUUCACUUGCAAACUCGGCAGUCACAUUAUCAGGAAACGGAUACAUCGGUGUGCUAGUUUCUAUUGGAGACAAUGUUAAAGAAGAUUCUGGGCUUAUAACGAAAAUUCAGGACUGGCUCACUGAGGCCUCACAAAAGCUGUAUAUUGCUUCUAAAUAUAACGUGUAUCUUAAAGAAGUAACAAUUCGUGUUCCAGAGUCGUGGUCAAAUAGUGGUCAAUACAAUUUGACAAGUAUAUCAUCGAACAAAGAGGGUGUCAUACGCAUUGCUGACGUCAAGACUGGGGAUAGAAACAACCCGUUUGUACAUGGUUUACCGGGUUGUGGACUCAGUGGGCAAUACAUCCACUUCACAACUGAUGUAUUAAACCAAGGAAAUAAUGGAAAUUACGGAAAUAUAGGAACAGUAUUUGUACAUGAAUGGGGACAUUAUAGAUGGGGCUUAUUUGACGAAUAUCCAACCCUCAGAGACAGUUCAGGAAAUGUUAUUCGGUUUGACCUUUUCAAUGGUCAGUGGGCACCCGUCAGAUGUACCACUCAAAUAACAGGGCGAAUAAUCAAUGGAAAAACGGGUGAUCAGUGUAAACUUGAUUCUUCUGGCAAUCCGGAAGUAGAUUGUUAUUUUUAUCCAGAAUCUGUUGGCACAACAAAUGCAGUGGCAUCUAUAAUGGGAUCAUCCUUCAUUCCAGCAAUAUCUCAGUUUUGCGAUAGCGCCAAUUCAGCUGAUGCAUCGACGCGACAUAACAGUAUGGCGUCCAACAAUCAAAAUAGAAGGUGCAAUGGGCGCAGUGCUUGGGAAGUUAUGCGACAACAUGACGAUUUCCAAAAUAAAUCCCCGGGAGUUCCCUUUGCCAGCACAAAGCCAGAGUUUUUUCUUGAACAGGCAUCUUUCGUCGGAAGAUUUUGCUUACUGAUAGACGUGUCUGGGAGUAUGUCGGGUUAUAUACUAGAGGCAAGAAAUGCCCUUGCCACAGUUGUACAAAAUGUUCUUCCCAAUGAUAGUUAUGUUGGCAUAGUCAAAUUCAGCAGCAGUGCUACUUUAAUCAAAAGUAUGACAUUGAUUGCAUCUGAAGAGGACCGUGGAGAACUUGCAUCAUUAUUACCUAUAUCAGUUGGUGGUUCUACUUCCAUUGGUGCAGGACUGCAACUUUGUUGUCAGACAUUAUCCAUGCUGUCCGAUGUAAAAGGGUCCAAAAUUUACUUGGCUACUGAUGGUAAAGAAAACAGGGCUCCGAUGAUCGCAGAUGUUCUUCCAGAUUUAUUAGAGAAAGGAAUAAUUGUUGACACUUUAGCUAUUGGAAAUGCAGCUGACGACAAACUUGCAGAUGUUUCUCAGACAACAGGCGGUUCAAGCUUUUUUUAUUCAACUUCGACUCAAAAUUCAACGGCUUUAAUUGAUGCACUGACAGAACCAUUUGUUGAUUCAGCUAAAGAUCCGAUUAUAAGAAUUAAUUCUUUGUCUAUUCAUCAAAAGCAAAAUGAAAAUUUCGAAACCACAUUUUUUAUUGACGAGUCAAUUGGCCGGGAAACCGUGAUUCAAUUAACUGCAAACAGAUUGGAAGGGGUAAACGUUACAGUAUAUCAUCAAGGAAAUUUAUACACCACAGUGGGUACAUCGGCAGAUAGUGGCGUUAUAUCUGUGAAAAUUCCUAACAUAGCAAUUGCUGGAGAAUACACGGUUACAGUUAUGUCUAGUAUGUCAGAUGUUGCCGGUACAAUAAGUAUAUUGUCAAAAGCAGCGAAUGUUGAUGGAAGUGUACUCAAGACAGAAGUACUGACAACAAAAUCAAAGAUCGAGUACAGUUCUACUGUUCACUUUCCAUUAUUUGUGUCAAUUAAUAAAGGAACUGCUCCGGUGGCGAAGACUGUUGUCGUGGCUUAUAUUGAAAACGAAAAUGGUCAAACAUCAUCAUUGGUAUUAAAAGACAACGAAAUUGGAGCCGAUGUCAUGGCUGGUGAUGGUAUCUACUCUGGUUACAUUUUACCUUAUCACAUAACUGCAAAUGGACGACAUAGUAUCAAAGUUGUAGCAGAAGGCCGCAAUUCAACUAUCUUAGUACCAUCAACAAGGUCUGCAGGCAAAGAUUUUGAAGAAGACAAAUUGGAAGAGGAAACAGUAGGCUCAUUUAUGAGGGUUUCCUUGGCUAAAGAGAUAGUCGUACAAGAAUAUGUGUAUGUUGCACCAGAAAAUUAUGUGGAUGUUAUUCCCCCUUCUCCUAUUCUAACAUUAAAACUAAGUGAUACCAGGAACAACAACAACACCUUUAUGUUGUCAUGGAAGGCCGUUGGAGAUGAUUUUGACAUUGGUAAAGCUUUUAAAUAUGAUAUACGAUUUUCAACCAAUUACUCCGAUUUGAAAUCUGACCCAGACAAUCAAAAUAGUUUGACUAGCGAACUGGUACCCAAGGAAGCUGGAGAACUGGAAACAUAUGUGUUUCAAAUACCAAACAUAACAACAAAUAUAACAUACUUUUUAACCGUAAGAGUUAUAGAUAAAGCAAAUAACACUGGUGACCUGUCAAAUAUUGUAACCGUGUCUGUUCUCACCGAUCAGGUGUGGUUCCAAAAAACAGAGGCUAUAGACGACGAUAAAAGAAUCGGUAUCGGAUUUGUAAUUGGAAUAUCGAUUGGAUCAUCAUUAAUUGUUAUCAUGUUUCUACUAUGGGGUGUCUUUUUGUUAAAGAGUAGAACAGUACCCAGAAAGUCGAAAGGUUCGGUAAUCUAAAAACCUGAUCCUAGAUGGAACUUGGACACUAUUAUCUUUAAAUAUAUCUUUUGAAUGAUUUGAUUAAAACUUUACCUGUUUUGUCGGAAAUCAACAAAAUUAUUCGGUAUACUAAAGUGAUUUAUGUAGUUUUAUGUUAAUGUUAAUGAUUUAUUUAUUGUAUUGUAUUCAUAAAUACAUUGUACAAGUCCAAUUUAGGUAAAUUGUUAAAUGUUAAGAUAUAUAAAAAUCACUUCAAAGCAUUAAAACUAUAACACUGUUUAUAAGGAUAUCGGGUAUAAAGCUUACUUGAACAUAUCGAGUCUACGCAGAUUGUUUACGGUGUAGAUUUUUUACCUUCUUACAGGCGAUACACAAUAGAUUUCGCAUUCUAAGAAAACCAAUUUAAUCAAACCCAUACGUAAACUUGUUACUGACAAGAAUUAUUGAGAUGUGUAACGGUAUUAAAGCAAUAUAAUUUAUAUCUAUGUUUAUGCUAAAUCAAAGUACAGGGUCAGCUCUUUAUUUCUAAUAAAUUUUUAAAAAUAAUUAAAAUGUUUUUGACGCAUUAAUUCCAUGCAUUUCCUCAUUACAUAUAACUUUUGUAAAAUAAAAUCAUAUCUAGAUAUUC